AGGACUAUUAAGAACAUGGAAAAAGAAAAUGGAACACUACUGACAGAGUUUAUUCUCAUAGGACUUAUAUAUAAACCAGAGUGGAAAAUUCUUCUACUCCUGCUGUUCUUGGUCAUAUAUCUCAUUACUGUCAUGGGGAACUUUGGUCUGAUUGCUCUCAUCUGGAAUAUCCAUCACCUUCACAUCCCCAUGUACUUAUUCCUUGGGAAUUUAGCCUUUGUGGAUACUUGGCUGUCUUCCACCGUGACCCCAAAGAUGCUGGCCAACUUCCUAGCCAAGAGUAAGAUCAUUUCUCUCUCUGAAUGUGUAAUACAAUUUUUUUCCUUUGUUGUCAGCGCAACCACAGAAUGUUUUCUCUUGGCAGUAAUGGCAUAUGAUCGCUAUGUAGCCAUAUGCAAACCUUUACUUUAUCCAGUGAUUAUGACCAACAGACUAUGUAUCCGUUUGAUAUACUUGUCUUUUAUGGGAGGCAUUGUUCAUGCUUCCAUUCAUGAAGGGUUUAUAUUCAGAUUAACUUUCUGUAAUUCCAAUAUAAUUCGCCACUUUUACUGUGACAUUAUUCCUUUGAUAAAAAUAUCUUGUGCUGAUCCUUCUAUUAAUUAUUUGAUGCUUUUUAUAUUCUCUGGUUCAAUUCAGGUAUUUACUAUAGGGACUGUACUUGUCUCUUACUCAUUUGUCCUCUUCACCAUCUUAAAAAAGAAGUCUGUCAAAGGCAUAAGGAAAGCCUUCUCCACCUGUGGAGCCCAUCUCUUAUCUGUGUCUUUGUACUAUGGCCCUCUUCUCUUCAUGUAUGUGCGCCCUCGAUCAUCACAGGCAGAUGAUGAAGAUAUGAUAGCCUCUCUAUUUUACACGGUCAUAAUUCCUCUGUUAAACCCAAUUAUCUAUAGCCUUAGAAAUAAGCAAGUCAUAGAUGCACUAAAGAAAAAUGUUUUGAUU